AUGACGGCGGCGGGCCAGAAAGAACAGACAAAUUGUUUUGUGGGGGCCCUUUGGUGUGGUAGCGACUAUCGGCGGCACCUUCGUGAUUUCUGCAGCAUAUUUGUCGUUGUGGUUGUUGUUAUUAUUGUUUACUCCCAACGAGGUCUUUCAUUGCAACUGCGACUCACCUGCCUGACUUGCCGUUUCUCGUGCCUCUCUCUCUCUCUCUGUGUCUGUGUGUGUGUGUUCACUUCUCGCUCUCUUUCUUUCUGUGCGUGGCCGCAGUUGAGAGGGGCCUGUCUUGAGCGGCGCUCACGGCGAUGGACUUUGGCAACCCCUUCGCGACGUUUUUGGGCAAGCGGGGGGCGGGGCCCGGCACGAGCCUCAAGCGACCGCGCCCCGACGAAGACACCUCGCCGGGAAGCGUGGCGGAAGCAAAGGCGUCCGCCGCGACGGUUGUGGCCGACGCCGCCUCCGCCACCGCCUCUCCAAAUGCGGCCGAGUUCAGUCACGCGGAGGUAA